AACUGCACCACCAUAUGGAUCCCCCUUAAUCUCCAACUAUGUAACUAAACCCCACUAUUUUCUCGUACUCCAAUAAAUAUUCUAACCCAUAGGAUUUGGUCACUUACUAAAGUCUCAUAAUAUUCUCUACUCAACUUAUAAAAUCCCUUCUUACAUCCCCUCCUCCCAUUGCACAAUUUGAUUUCCUUCUAACAGAAAAGACCCUUUAAUUGUCCAACGCAAACGGCAAUGGGACGUUUAGUCGAACGGAAGCCGUUAACAAAACUGACGGCCACUGUUCUGCUGUUACUCGCCACCGUAACGGGAACCGUUAGAUCGCAAACGCCGCCAACACAGAUCAACUGCAUGAGUGCCUUCGUGAGCCUCUUACCCUGCGUGGGCUACGUAAUGGGCACUAACCAUACUGCACCUUCCGCUUGCUGUAGUGGUUUCGUCGCCGUCAUCGUUAACAAUGCCGGCCCUUGCCUUUGUCAAUUUUUAGGCGUGGCGAAUCCUUUGGGAGUUCCUGUGAAACAAAAGCAGGCUCUGGAGCUUCCGGCAGCCUGUAAUGUCAACAUUUCCUCCCUUGCAACUCAAUGCACAGCUAUUGGUGUUCCACUGAAUCCUGCAUCUCCAGCUCCGAGUACUUCUGUUGCAGCAACACCUACGCCGCAUACGCCCCCUCUGACAAUUCCAGGACCGAGUUUCGUACCUCCGACUGCUUCUAUUGUUCCUACAUUAAAUGUACCUUCUCCUGUCUCGUGGUCUCCAAAUUUAGCUCCCACAAGUACUUCUGGAGAUUCGACCCUGGGACCUGCAGCACCUAUUUCAUCAGACGGUAUAAGGAAUUUUUCUCCUCCUAGUACGAUUAAUAACCUGCCAAGCACUGAUGCCAGCGCAGUCACUUCUGCCAAUGGAGCUUCUGUGGUUUUGACACGCUGGACAAGCAGCAGACUCAGUUUAGGAAUAAUUUUAGCGUCCACUUUCAUUAUCUAAAUGCUUAGGCCUGUGGUUUGUAGAUAGGGUAGCAGAAUAACUUGUGGAUCCAUUAAUGGGAGCAAUUUAUGAUACCUGCUUCUUACUAGGAUUUAAACAAUUGUGGAUUCAUUGAUCUGUUAUUAAACAGAUUACUAAUAAUUAGACCAUGUUAAUAGAAUUAAAGAGGAAAGUGUAUUAUUA